AUGAAUCCAGCCGUAGAAGCGUUUGCUUUCUUCCUGGGCUUUCUGGCGUGGCUCAUGGUUGGGGUCGCCCUGCCAAAUCGAUACUGGAGAGUCUCCACGGUGGACGGUAAUGUGAUCACCACAUCAACCAUCUAUGAGAACCUGUGGAUGUCCUGCGCCACGGACUCUACCGGAGUUCACAACUGUCGGGAUUUUCCAUCUCUGCUCGCGCUGAAUGGCUACAUUCAGGCCUCCCGAGCUCUGAUGAUUGCUGCCAUUGUGUUCGGGACGUUCGGACUGGUGGCCACUCUGGCGGGAAUGCAGUGCUCCAAAAUAGGCGGGGAAAACUACGUGCUGAAGGGGCGGAUCGCUGCCAUCGGAGGAGCGUUCUUCUUGUUUCAAGGGCUCUGCACCAUGAUCGCCAUAUCUUGGUACGCCGCCAACAUCACCCAGGAGUUCUUUAACCAGUUGUACGUCGGGACAAAGUAUGAGAUCGGAGAGGGCCUGUACAUCGGCUGGGCUUCAGCCACGCUGGCCAUUUGUGGAGGUUCGUGCCUGAUGUGCGCCUGCAGGUUGAAAACCGAGAGUGAGAAAGUGCCGUAUCCAUACCAGCCCGGAACCAGAGGUUACGUGCUCUCCACGGUGGCCACGUCUCAGACGGCGCCGAGCAACUAUGGAAGAAAUGCUUACGUCUGA